AUGGAAAAAAUGAAAGUACAAACACAACAAACAACAGCAAUGAUCAAUAAAAAAAAAUCAUCAUCAUCAUCAUCAACAACAACAUUUGUUGUUAAACGAAAUUCAUCAUCAAUAGUUCAAAUUGAAAAAACACGUCGUGUUGCAGCUAAUGCACGUGAACGUCGUCGUAUGAAUGGUCUUAAUUCAGCAUUUGAUCGUUUACGUACAGUUUUACCAUCAUCAAUGUUUCAACAACAACGACGUUUUUCAAAAUAUGAAACAUUACAAAUGGCUCAAAGUUAUAUAGCUGCACUUCAAUCAAUUUUAUAUCAUAAUACAUCAUCGGAUAAUGAUCAUAAUCUUACAAACGUGAGUAGUACAACAGAUGAAGAUAUGGAUAAUCAAACUCAUGAUUAUUAG